AUGCGCCAGCCCAGGCACGCACCUGCGCAGGCGUGGCUGGAGACUGGCGUGUCACGUGUCACGGUCGGACGCGGCGCCAGUCUGAUUACUCUGCGAGGUCUUCCGGAGACGUCGCUCCAGGCGGCGCUCAGUUGUUUUCCUGCAGCAGGGCGCCGGCGCCGGCGCAGUUGUGACGCAGCAGCCAGGCUUUUAGCGGCGUGCGGCGCAGUCCCGCCUCACCGCGAGAAUAGCAGAGACAGCGCACCAGCCGCUACGCAGCUGAGGCCCACCGCCACCGCCACCGCCACCACCACCACCACUGCCACCACUGGCGGCGCACCCCGCCAGACACCUGCUGCGGCCGCACUGCCCACGUCUCCUCCACCUGAAGAAGCCACUGUCCCUGCCAUCCUGUGAUUCACAGAUCCCGAGGACGCUGUGGCCACAACAGCUGUCAAAGGGUGUCGUCACGACACCGCGGGACGACCCUGUGGAGACGGAGGCGUCGCUUCCUCCUCUCGUCCU